GCCCGCGGGGUUGGCGACCCACCGGCUCCUCACCCCACCCCGCCCCCUCUGACUUCCCGCUCAGAGUUCGAGAUAAAGAUCUCCGAGUUUUUUGCCUGAAUAAGGAUCUUCGAACACUCUGCCCCCAUCUCUGUUCCCAACUUCCCGCUUUCCUGUAUUUUAUUUUACCAGUUGUGGUACACACUAGUUUUUAAGGCUGGAGGUUCUCGAGCGCCUGCUGCCAAGGACUCCCCCUCCCCCUCCCCCCCUGAUGGAGUCGGAGAUGCUGCAGUCGCCCCUUAUAGGACUCGGGGAGGAAGAUGAGGCGGACCUUACAGAUUGGAACUUGCCUUUGGCUUUUAUGAAAAAAAGACAUUGUGAGAAAAUUGAAGGAUCGAAGUCUUUAGCGCAGAGCUGGAGAAUGAAGGAUCGGAUGAAGACAGUUAGUGUGGCCUUGGUCCUCUGCCUGAAUGUGGGUGUGGAUCCUCCAGAUGUGGUGAAGACCACACCCUGUGCUCGAUUGGAAUGCUGGAUCGAUCCUCUGUCUAUGGGUCCUCAGAAAGCUCUGGAAACCAUCGGUGCAAAUCUACAGAAGCAGUAUGAGAACUGGCAGCCAAGGGCUCGGUAUAAGCAGAGCCUUGACCCCACUGUGGAUGAAGUCAAAAAGCUUUGCACAUCUCUACGCCGGAAUGCCAAGGAGGAACGUGUCCUCUUCCACUACAAUGGCCACGGGGUGCCCAGGCCUACAGUGAAUGGAGAGGUCUGGGUCUUCAACAAGAACUACACUCAGUACAUCCCUCUGUCCAUAUACGACCUGCAGACGUGGAUGGGCAGCCCAUCCAUCUUUGUCUACGACUGCUCCAAUGCUGGCCUCAUCGUCAAGUCUUUCAAACAGUUUGCCCUGCAGAGGGAGCAGGAACUAGAGGUAGCUGCGAUUAACCCAAACCAUCCACUCGCCCAGAUGCCCUUGCCUCCCUCAAUGAAAAACUGCAUCCAGCUGGCAGCCUGUGAGGCACAUGAGCUCCUGCCCAUGAUCCCUGACCUCCCAGCUGACCUGUUCACUUCCUGCCUCACCACUCCCAUCAAGAUUGCUCUGCGCUGGUUCUGCAUGCAGAGGUGUGUUCGUCUGGUGCCUGGAGUCACAUUGGACUUGAUAGAAAAGAUUCCUGGUCGACUGAAUGACCGGAGAACCCCUCUGGGUGAACUGAACUGGAUCUUCACAGCCAUCACAGAUACCAUCGCCUGGAAUGUGCUCCCUCGGGAUCUCUUCCAAAAGCUUUUCCGACAGGACCUGCUCGUGGCAAGUUUGUUUAGAAAUUUUUUAUUGGCAGAAAGAAUCAUGAGGUCGUAUAACUGCACCCCAGUAAGCAGCCCACGACUCCCCCCAACAUACAUGCAUGCCAUGUGGCAGGCUUGGGACCUUGCUGUGGACAUUUGCCUCUCUCAGCUGCCAACCAUCAUUGAAGAGGGCACUGCCUUCAGGCACAGCCCAUUCUUUGCUGAGCAGCUGACGGCAUUCCAGGUGUGGCUUACCAUGGGCGUGGAGAACAGGAGCCCCCCAGAGCAGUUGCCCAUCGUCCUACAGGUGCUGCUGAGCCAGGUGCACCGGCUGAGAGCAUUGGACCUGCUGGGGCGCUUUUUGGACUUGGGCCCUUGGGCGGUGAGCUUGGCCCUGUCGGUGGGCAUCUUCCCCUAUGUGCUGAAGCUGCUUCAGAGCUCGGCCCGAGAGCUGCGGCCACUCCUUGUCUUCAUCUGGGCCAAAAUCCUCGCUGUGGACAGUUCAUGCCAGGCUGACCUCGUGAAGGACAACGGCCACAAGUACUUCCUGUCCGUCUUGGCAGACCCAUACAUGCCAGCUGAACAUAGGACUAUGACAGCCUUCAUUCUUGCUGUAAUUGUCAACAGCUACACAACAGGGCAGGAGGCCUGCCUGCAGGGAAACUUGAUCGCCAUCUGUCUGGAGCAGCUCAGCGACCCACACCCCCUGCUACGCCAGUGGGUGGCCAUUUGCCUGGGAAGGAUCUGGCAGAACUUCGACUCUGCAAGGUGGUGUGGGGUGAGAGACAGUGCCCACGAAAAGCUCUAUAGCCUCCUCUCCGACCCUAUCCCUGAGGUCCGAUGUGCGGCUGUGUUUGCCCUUGGCACCUUUGUGGGAAACUCUGCUGAGAGGACAGACCACUCUACCACCAUCGACCACAAUGUGGCCAUGAUGCUGGCUCAGCUGAUCAAUGAUGGCAGCCCCAUGGUCCGGAAGGAGCUGGUGGUGGCUCUGAGUCACCUUGUGGUUCAAUAUGAGAGCAAUUUCUGCACUGUGGCCCUGCAGUUCAUGGAAGAGGAAAAGAACUACCCCCUGCCUUCUCCAGCAGCCACAGAGGGAGGGAGCUUGACCCCAGUGCGAGACAGCCCAUGCACCCCCAGACUCCGAUCCGUGAGCUCCUAUGGGAACAUCCGAGCCGUCACCACAGCCAGGAACCUGAACAAAUCUUUGCAGAAUCUGAGCUUGACGGAAGAAUCGGGCAGCUCAGUGGCCUUCUCUCCCGGGAACCUCAGCACAAGCAGUAGUGCCAGCAGCACCUUAGGAAGCCCUGAAAACGAGGAGUACAUCCUGUCCUUCGAAACCAUCGACAAGAUGCGGCGUGUGAGCUCCUAUUCAGCGCUCAACUCCCUCAUAGGAGUUUCUUUUAAUAGUGUUUACACUCAAAUUUGGAGAGUCUUACUACAUCUGGCCGCCGAUCCCUAUCCAGAUGUUUCUGAUUUAGCCAUGAAAGUCCUCAACAGCAUUGCUUACAAGGCCACAGUGAACGCCCGGCCCCAGAGAAUCCUCGACACAUCCUCCCUUACACAGUCAGCCCCAGCCAGCCCAACCAACAAGGGCAUGCACAUCCACCAGGUGGGAGGCUCCCCGCCAGCAUCUAGCACCAGCAGCUGCAGCCUGACCAAUGAUGUGGCGAAGCAGACUGUCAGCCGUGACCUGCCCUCCAGCCGCCCGGGCACCACUGGCCCGACAGGGGCACAGUACACCCCCCACUCCCACCAGUUCCCUCGGACACGGAAGAUGUUUGAUAAAGGCCCUGAUCAGACCACAGACGAUGCAGAUGACGCUGCUGGACACAAAAGCUUCACUUGUGCCGCUGUGCAGACGGGGUUCUGUGACUGGAGCGCCCGCUACUUUGCCCAGCCGGUCAUGAAGAUCCCCGAAGAGCAUGACCUAGAGAGUCAGAUCCGCAAGGAGCGUGAGUGGCGGUUCCUGAGGAACACGCGAGUCAGGAAGCAGGCACAGCAGGUCAUCCAGAAGGGGAUCACCAGACUGGACGAUCAGAUCUUUCUGAACAGGAACCCUGGAGUUCCCUCUGUGGUCAGAUUCCAUCCCUUUACACCAUGCAUAGCUGUGGCCGACAAGGACAGCAUCUGUUUUUGGGACUGGGAGAAAGGAGAGAAGCUGGACUAUUUCCACAAUGGCAACCCUCGGUACACCAGGGUGACCGCCAUGGAGUACCUGAAUGGGCAGGACUGCUCCUUGCUGCUGACAGCCACUGAUGAUGGUGCCAUCAGGGUCUGGAAAAACUUUGCUGAUUUGGAAAAGAAUCCAGAGAUGGUAACUGCGUGGCAAGGGCUCUCAGACAUGCUUCCGACAACACGAGGAGCUGGGAUGGUGGUAGACUGGGAACAAGAGACUGGCCUCCUCAUGAGCUCAGGGGACGUGCGCAUUGUCCGGAUCUGGGACACUGACCGGGAGACGAAGGUGCAGGACAUCCCCACGGGGGCUGACAGCUGUGUGACAAGUCUAUCUUGUGAUUCUCACCGCUCACUCAUUGUGGCUGGCCUGGGUGAUGGCUCGAUCCGUGUCUACGACAGGAGGAUGGCACUCAGUGAAUGCCGGGUCAUGACUUACCGGGAGCACACAGCAUGGGUGGUGAAGGCCUACCUGCAGAAGCACCCUGAGGGCCACAUCGUGAGUGUGAGUGUCAAUGGAGAUGUGCGCUUCUUCGAUCCUCGGAUGCCUGAGUCUGUGAAUGUAAUGCAGAUUGUGAAGGGGCUGACAGCCCUCGACAUCCACCCCCAGGCAAACCUGAUCGCCUGUGGCUCCAUGAACCAGUUCACAGCCAUCUACAACGGAAAUGGGGAGCUGAUCAACAACAUCAAAUACUAUGAUGGGUUCAUGGGCCAGCGUGUCGGGGCCAUCAGCUGCCUGGCUUUCCACCCACACUGGCCUCAUCUGGCCGUAGGAAGCAAUGACUACUACAUUUCGGUGUAUUCAGUGGAAAAGCGUGUCAGAUAGCGGCUCCUAGGACCCCUGCCAGGCUGCAGCCACCCUCCGCUGUACAUAGUGAACCAGCCUGCACUGCUCAGGAUGCAGUGCCCACCUACCCACCCACCUGCCAGCCCCGGCUCCUGACUUGGCCGUGGUCAGCUGAAGGGGGCUUGCACAUCCUUUCUUCUGUCUUCACUGUAACGUACAGGUCCAGAGCAGGGAAGGGUUUGACACAGCUUCCCAUCGAAAGCCAGCACAGGCAAGAAGGACCUCCUCAGGGUGGCACUGUCCUUUCCUGCCCUGCUUCCUUCUGAAGUUUUACACGGGACACAUUUGAUUUUUUCCCAUGCGAUCAAAGCAUUAGUUAUAGAACAGACAGCGCCCUAUAGAAUAGCCAUGUUGGGGCUCCUAAGAGCCAUGGCCCGGCCCGGCCCUGCUGUCCUCUUGGAAUAGGCUGGCCAGUGCUGGGAGAUGGAUAAAAGCAACUGGGGGAAGAAAAGGGGGAAGGAGAGAAGGAAGGAAAGAGGGAAGGCCUCUCCUGCUACAAGGUAGGAAGUCUAAGCCUGGCCCUCCUAGAGCACCAAGGCAGCCCAGCCCACUGAGUAUGUCAUGGUGCUAUGAGGAAAGGGGUCCCCGUCCUGCCCAGCUAGACCUCUGAGGUCCAGCCUGGCGCCCUCACGUGAGCUGGCUGCAGGAGAGGGUCUGGAUCUGGGCAGGUGAGGCAGAUCAAUAGUUAGCGACUGCCCCAUCUGGCAGGCAUAUUCUGAAGUGCUUCUCUCCCAUAGGGCAGCAACAGUGGCCACGGCCCUAUUUCCUGCUAGUGCCACACACAGGCACACACGCAUGCAAGCACACAGCCUCCUCAUCCAUGCUGACAUGGAUGCCCUGGUCUUCCUGCCCGUGCACAUUUGGGUGUGCAUUCGUGCAGGCCCACAGUCUCCCCUCCUGCACAUAUAUGGGCACUGUGGCCGGCCACACGCACGCGCACACGUGCUAGCCUCACCACACACAGGUUCAGAGACGUCCCUGGACCCAGAGGCUCGAGAGCAGCAGCAGCUCUGUUGACGGUGGGACUGAGGUUGCAUGAUGCAGUCUGUGCUGAGGAAGAGUGCAGCAGUGUCCUGGUGUGCCUGACAUGUGCCUGUGUGCACUUGCAAGUGAGGGACCGUGGACAUGCAGCCUUGGAUGGACAGCACUGCAGAGCAAUUGCACACAAGCAGGACACAGCACAAUGAUGUUUUGAAAAGCAUUUUCCGUUUUUCCUGGGAAUCAGGAUCUUUCAGAGGAGGACGAGUGCCAACAGGAGCCCGGGGACAUGGGUUGGGACGUCUGUGGCAGAGGCUGGGUCCCUGUGCUGUGCUCAGUGGACCUGUUUUAGCCAAGAGCAUCUUCCCUGUGAGAGGAUCCCUACAGGCUGAGCUGAGCAAGCAGGACAGGGUACCCUGGUGCUGCCCCUGGAAACGCAUUCUCCCAACAGGAGGGGCUGGAGGAAGUCACAUCCGUGUCGGGCCAUGGUCGGGCGGGCUGGACAGCAGUGUGCAGUCAGGAAGGCCCAAGAACCACCCAGCUUGCCUCUGCUCAGUUCUGCAGAGUGCACCAGCGGCUGAGUAUGCUUCAGCUCAGUCCUUGUCCAACCGGGGAUUCGGUUUCAGCCACACAGGGCUGCCUGACGGGCUGGGCUGCUUCCCUGCCCUUGUGGAACCAGUGUUUGCAUCUUGCCCACAGGCUGGGCCUUCACAAGUCUGAUGCGAAAAUUCAAUCAUGAAGCUAAGCAAGGCUCGAGAGAGCGCUGACCUAGAGUUCAUUGUCUCUAUUUAUUUUACCAAAAUGAGAGUUGAAAGGACUGACAGGACACAGAACUGCAGUGGCGUCCAGAGCAGUGACAGCAACAGAGUAUUAAUAAAGAAGAAAGCCGUGAGACAUCACUGCCCUUCCAGAUGAGAACGGUGGGGUGAGGGUGGCCAGAAGGGCUGUGUCCUCGUGGCUUCUGCAGUCCCUGGGCCCCUGGGAUGGAACAGUCUCGGCCCAAGACAGGGCCACUGUAUCUACCCCUCUUGGGCCUGGGUGGAAGGGAAGACAUGCUGGUUGCCAUGGAGAUCUUGAGGCAUUGUGACUGGGAUUCCUGUGAUGACUCUGGCCUUGUCAUUAAUAAGGUUUUCCCGCAUUUACACAGA